CGGCCGCGAGCGCGGCGCCUCUUCCAUGGCGGUUGGCGGGCGGUUGGCGGGCGGCAACGCAGCCGUGUGCCGGCGCCCACUGACACUGACACGGCCCCCGCGAUGUGGGUGAAGCGGCGGCACCGCCGGCAGGUCGGCCCGGGCGCCCCGAGCCCGCCCUGAGGAGCCGGGGCCCCAGCGCCAUGCAGCAGCCGUACGACUUCUUCAGUGAGGAGAACGGGCCGAAAUGGCGCGGGCUCUUCGUGCCGGCGCUCGGCAAGGUCCAGAGACAGGUGCAUCCAACUCUGUCAGCUAAAGAAGAUGCCCUCUAUUACAUCGAAGAGUUGAUACUUCAGUUAUUAAACAUGCUGUGUGUUGCACAGCCACGGACUGUUCAAGAUGUUGGGGAGCGUGUCCAGAAGACUUUCCCACAUCCAAUCGACAAGUGGGCUAUUGCUGAUGCACAGUCCGCUAUUGAAAAACGUAGACGGAGAAAUCCUCUUCUUUUACCAGUGGACAAAAUACAUCCUUUAUUGAAGGAUGUGUUGGGCUAUAAGGCAGAUUAUCAGAUUUCCCUCUACAUAGUGGCUGUGCUGGAGUACAUUUCUGCUGACAUUCUAAAACUUGCUGGAAACUAUGUUGGAAAUAUUCGACAUUAUGAAAUUUCGCAGCAAGAUAUUAAAGUGUCAAUGUGUGCCGAUAAGGUCCUCAUGGACAUGUUUGACCAGGAUGAUAUUGGUCUGUGUUCAUUGGGAGAUGAUGGGUCAAAUGUGACCAACGAACAGAAUUACUAUGACUUGGUGAAAGCUGAAAUUGCAGAGGAGAGGCAGUAUCUUCGUGAAUUGAACCUGAUUAUAAAGGUCUUCAGAGAGCCUUUUGCAUCCAACAGCAAGCUGUUUACUGCUCGUGAUAUUGAAGUGAUCUUCAGUAACAUCUUGGAUAUUCAUGAACUGACUGUGAAGCUGUUGGGUUUAAUGGAAGAUACUGUCGAGAUGACAGAUGAAAGCAGCCCUCAUCCAUUAGUCGGAAGCUGCUUUGAAGAUCUGGCAGAGGAGCAAGUAUUCGACCCGUAUGAAGUAUGUGCACAAGACAUUCUUUCACCACAGUUUCAUGAGUACUUCAACAGUUUGAUGUCCAGGUCACCUGUAGCUUUUUACUUUCAGUCCAUUUCUGAAGGAUUUAAAGAAGCUGUUCAAUAUGUACUGCCACAACUGCUCUUGGUCCCAAUUUAUCAUUGUCUGCAUUACUUCGAGCUGCUGCAGCAACUACAGGAGAAAAGUAAAGAUGAAGAAGACAGGGAGUGUUUGAAACAAGCCAUCACCACCUUGCUGAAUCUGCAGUGCAGUAUGGAACGUAUCUGCAAUAAGCACCUGCCUAAACGCAGGGCAGGAGAACCUUUACCUCGACUCCACAACCAUCAGAUACGAAGUAAACACCUUGCUAUUAAGAAGAUGAAUGAAAUUCAAAAGAACAUUGAUGGAUGGGAGGGGAAGGAUAUUGGGCAGUGCUGUAAUGAGUUUAUUAUGGAAGGAACACUAACGCGGAUUGGAGCAAAGCACGAGCGGCACAUUUUCCUCUUCGAUGGCUUGAUGAUCAGCUGCAGGAUCAAUCACGGGCCGUCGAGGCUGCCCGGCUGCAGCAACGUCGAGUACAGGCUCAAGGAGAAGUUUCUCAUGCGCAAAGUGCGAAUCAUUGACAAAGAUGACUCCUGUGAGCACAAGCACGCGUUUGAGAUCCUCGCCAAGGAUGAGAAUAGCGUGAUGUUUGCUGCCAAAUCUGCAGAGGACAAGAAUAGCUGGAUGGCCGCGCUGAUUUCCCUUCAGUAUCGGAGUACCCUGGAGCGUAUGUUGGACACGGUCCUCCUGUCGGAGGAGAAGGAGCAGCCACUCCGGCUGCCCAGCCCCGGUGUUUAUAACUUUGCAGAGGAAGAUUCUGAGGAGAACAUUGUGUUUGAAGAGAACGUCCAAACCAAAUCUGGCAUACCAAUCAUAAAGGGAGGAACUGUGUUGAAAUUAAUUGAGAGGCUGACGUAUCACAUGUAUGCAGAUCCUAAUUUUGUGCGUACUUUUCUGACAACAUAUCGUUCAUUCUGCAAAUCCCAAGAGUUACUGAGCUUGUUAAUAGAAAGGUUUGAAAUACCGGACCCAGAGCCGAGUGAGGCAGACAGACUGGCCAGGGAGAAGGGCGAGCAGCCAGUCAGUGCCGAGCUGAAACGCUUCCGCAAGGAGUACGUCCAGCCAGUGCAGCUCAGGGUGCUAAAUGUUUUUCGGCAUUGGGUAGAACAUCACUUCUACGACUUUGAGAGAGACAACGUGCUACUUAAUCGCUUGGAAGCAUUUAUUUCAAGUGUGCGAGGGAAAGCCAUGAAGAAGUGGGUUGAAUCAAUUACAAAAAUCAUUAAUCGCAAGAGACAAGCUGAAGUGAAUGGAAUCAGCCAUGCUAUCACUUUUGAGAACCCACCACUGCAAAUUGAAUGGUACAUUAGUCGGUCUGGGCAGAUGGAGACAUUUGAUCUCAUGACCCUUCAUCCCAUUGAAAUAGCACGGCAACUUACACUCUUGGAAUCGGACCUGUACAGGGCUGUUCAGCCAUCUGAACUUGUAGGAAGUGUCUGGACAAAAGAAAACAAAGAGGUGAAUUCUCCUAAUUUAUUGAAAAUGAUUCGUCACACAACAAACCUAACACUGUGGUUUGAAAAGUGUAUAGUGGAGGCGGAAAAUCUUGAGGAAAGAGUGGCUGUUUUAAGUCGUGUUAUAGAGAUCCUACAAAUAUUCCAGGAGCUCAACAACUUUAAUGGUGUGCUGGAGAUUGUUAGUACAGUUAACUCGGUGCCAGUUUACAGGCUGGAUCAUACUUUUGAGGCAUUGCCAGAAAGAAAGAAAAGGGUUUUGGAGGAAGCAGUGGACCUAAGUCAAGAUCACUUCAAGAAGUACCUGACCAAGCUGAAGUCAAUAAACCCACCUUGUGUGCCUUUCUUUGGUAUUUAUUUGACAAACAUCCUGAAGACGGAAGUGGGGAACCCAGAUUUCCUGAAAAGAUGUGGGAAAGAAUUAAUCAAUUUUAGCAAGCGCAGGAAAGUGGCAGAAAUCACAGGAGAAAUUCAACAGUAUCAAAAUCAGCCCUACUGCCUACAAGUGGAAACAGAUAUAAAGAAGUUUUUUGAAAAUCUGAAUCCAAUGGGAAAUAUGAAUGAAAAGGAGUUUACAGACUAUUUGUUCAACAAAUCCUUGGAAAUUGAACCACGUAACUGCAAACAACCGCCACGAUUUCCAAGAAAAUCUUCAUAUUCUUUGAAAUCUCCUGGAAUAAGGCCUAAUCCUCCAAGACAUACCUCUACCUCUGGGACCUUAAGAAACCCUAUGCCUUUGGAGCGUGAACCACGGAAGAUCAGCUUUAGUCGAAUUCCUGAAACGGAUAAUGAAUCAACAGUCUCUGUUCCAAACUCUCCCAACACACCAUCAACCCCCCCGGUGUCUGCUUCUUCCGAUCUCAGUGUCUUUGGGGACGUGGACUUGCCCAGCUCUGGCAGUAGUUCCAGUUCCAUUUGCUCUGCAGUCUUUGCUCCAGUUCUCUUUUCCAGUGGCAACAACAGCAUUUUUGCACCUGUCCUGUUGCCACCAUCGAAAUCUCACUCCAUUUCAAGUCUUCAUAGGUUGAGUGAAGAUUUGCCUGCUCCACCUCCUAUUCCUCAACGAAGGAAGCCUGAUCUAGACUUGACAAAUUUGAAGCUGAGUUCCAGUAUUCCGGAUAGCCCGCCAGCUAUUCCCCCCCGGCUGCCUCGGAUUCCUGCAUUGAGUGCUCCCUCUGACGGGUCUCUGCACAGUCCGCCUCCACCUCCUCCAAGGGAUCCACUGCCUGACACGCCUCCACCCAUACCUACCAGACCUCCUGAGAUCUUUAUGAACGAUCCGUUUAAUCUUCAGCCACCGCCAAAGGGGGGCGGCCUUCACCGGGAUCAAGAUUGGUACAGGGAGUCUGGCACUAACCUCAACUCUCCCAGCACUCCUCCUCCAACACCCUCGCCCAGGGUUAUACGACGUUGUUCCAAUCACAACAACCCCACCUACCCGUCUGCUCCUCCCGUACCUCCCCGACAGAACUCCAGCCCACAGCUGCCAAAACUUCCACCAAAGACUUACAAGCGAGAGUUGUCUCACCCUCCCUUGCACCGAGGCGGACCACCUCUGCUGGAACAUGCAGAGAUCCCUCAGUGACACCACGCUUCCUUGCCAGAACUGUGGCAAAGUGGGCAAACUGCAUUAAGGCACUGAGGCAAGAAAACGAUUUGCUGUUUUUGAAGCUUUUUUUUGUCUUCUAAUUGUCGGUAGCCGUACAGUGGAGGAGACUGUCAUUGAGAGCCUGAUGUUGGAGCAGACUUGAAUCAUCUUGUUUGUCUCAGACCACAGCGUAGAUUACUGCUGUGAUAUUCUCUCAGGUGAUCAGCCAUGUUUUCUUUCCUCAGACUUGCAGUGCCAACGUUAUUACCUUGCAGUGUGUAACAAAAGUUUGCAUUUGCACUGUACACUUGACUUAAAUUAUUUGAACUACUCAUUGCACUGAGCCCACAGGAUAAAUCCCUGAGACUUAUUUGAGCUCUAGUGGCCUUGUUAAACGAUGGAAUUUUACAGACAUCAGGAAGGUCAUGAUGCUGAUCAUUUGUGACCUAUUUAGUUGUUUGUUUGAGCUGUACAGGAAUUUUACUGAUGCCGUGAAUAUUUGGUGCAGAUUACCCAGACUGAGUUUAUAAAAUACGGCACCACCUUCACAUGGUUGAUUUUGUGUCUUGUGUUCUAUUGGUGGCUGCUCCAAAUAUUAGAGAGAAAAUAUAACACUAAUUUGGAAUUUUUGAAUGGAAAAAGUUGUCUAACCUCCACUAGAAUGUAGGAUACUGUAGCCAGUUUGUGAAACAAUAAGCAGUAAUAACUAAAGAUUAUAACAUUUUGUUCACUAAUUAUUGUAAGCAUACAUUUUUUCAGAUGUGCCUUUUGAUUUCAUUUGCAAAUGAGUAACUUCAAUUAUCCAGUCAUCUGAGCACUCAAAAUUGAGAGCAGACAUGAGAGGUGAAUGUACAGUUUUGUUUUUAUGUUACACAUACAGAUAAUGACAGCUGUUUUCUUUACACUGAAGUGAAUUAUGUGAACAGUCUACCUACCACCUGUAUGUAAAAUUUGAAUCUGAACUGCUGUGGAUCGACAACAGACAAAAACCUUUCUGAUGCAAAUCGCAGUGCUAAAUUGGCUCUGCCGUAGCAUUUGGUUCCAUCCCCCUCUUUCAGUAUUGUAUUUCAACCAGCAUACACUUCAAAGCUUUACUAAGGAAAAAAAAAUAGUAGCUAUGACUUCAAUUUGCCUACUUGCCAGUAACAGGUGGUCUAUGAAGAGGUGAAAGAUUGUGUUGGUUACCAGUUGUGUUGUAGCUGCUUUAUUGAAGUGGCAGUAAUCAUGGUCUAUUCAUGUAAUGUUAUGUGGCCUUUCAACUGUACUUUGUAUCUGUGUCCUUAAUAAGAUCAAUAAAUUACUCAGUCUUAAUUUUUACUUAAA